AUGGGUAUUCAGGGACUGCAGGAGUACGUGGAGGCAAACUGUCCAAGUGCUUACGAAGAAGUUGAUUUGAGAGAAGUCCUAUCCAGCGCAAGAGCUCCGGUUCUUCUGGUAGAUGCGAGAAGUUGUCUUAAACAUCUUUACGGCCCUAGUACAGACUGGGUUUGUGGAGGACAAUGGAACGAAAUGCUUCGCGCCGUGGAGAAUUUUUCUAGAUCUUUUCGCCAGCAAAAUAUCGAAAUUUUGAUGUAUUUUGACGGCGAAGGCGAAUCACAGCAUUUGCACGAAUGGAUCAAACAUCAAAACGAAAAAAGACAAUUAGCUCGACAAAUCCUAAUGCAUGUCAUGAAAAUGAACUGCUAUCCUGGCAAAAGACUUUAUUUUCCACCACCGGUGGUGAACACGUGUUUGCGGCUCGCCUUUCUCAGCUGUGGUGUUUCCGUGUCGAGUUCGACGGGUGAUCUUCACAAAGAAAUGGCGAUGUAUUGCAAAACCGAAGGCUUUGCAGGCAUUAUCAGCCAUCACGCAGACUUUCUGAUGUUUGAUAUACCGAAUUAUUUUUCCGCCGAUCACCUUAAAUUUUCCAAGAAAGACAUAACGACGUUGAGAUUUAAACGCGAUGCGAUGUUAAGUGCUCUUCAACUUCAUCACGACCGAUUAGGGUUAUUUGCAAGCUUACUAGGAACUUCAUUCAUCCCAGAAGAAAUGCUGAGUUCAUUUUAUUGGAGUCUCUUAGGACCGGAUCAUCCCUUGGCCAAAGUACAGGUCGGUACACUGUCGGUGUAAUAUUUACGUUUAUCAUUAAGUGAUUUAAAGGUAUAACCGAUAUCAUUAAAUUCAGUGAUAGACAUAACAUUGACGUUCUUAACAAAGGUUCUUUGUUUUGGGGGUGGUGAUGGGGGAUGAAUGAACUAAUCUUCCUCUAAGUGCUGGAGUUAGGGUUUUUCCCUUUUUAUUAGAAAUUUGACUUGAUAGCAUUUUCUCUGAUUUAUUCUUAUUUUGUGCCUUUUUAUUGCAAAUCACAGCAAGAAUUCGUAUCCGAUGCUACUGAUCCUAUCUAGUUUCUUCUACACUAUCACUGCAUAAUCAAACUUACAUGUACAGGGGUUUCAAUAAGCACUGACGACCGAGGAAACAAAUAAGAUAUCUUGACAUAUGAUUGAAAAUGUAAAGGCCCACUGGUUUUGAGUUAUGCUUUAGUUAUGCAAAUGCUGUAUUUCAGUCAAUUCUUCACACGUUUCUUUAGAGGUUUACACAGAUUUUGUCGUCGUUCAAAUGUACAUUUGUUCAUUGCUUGUUAGUUGUGUGGCUGAUAAUGGGAACGUGGGUGAAAGCUACCUUUUGUUGAAUGAAAAACACACUCUUCUGUACUCAAUUUUGUCCCCAGAAAGCUGGAAAGUGCAUUUUAGGGCACUGAAAUCUCAAAAUCUUCUGAGGGAACAUACCCCCAGACCUCCUAGAGGUACUGGAUUAACGCCCCCUUGUUGAUACAGUCGGGUACUCUAUUCAAACCUGAUGGCUACUUCAAUUUUAUUAUUAUUAUUGAAACCCCUGCAUGUAGAUGUCGUGAAAUUAAGAAAAAUGGUUACUUUAAUUAAGAGGCUGAGUGGUCAGAACACUGGUAUUGAGAGUAGUCAACAUCACUUUUCUCCUAACAAUAAGAAUUAAUACAUAAUCAAGAGCUAAAAAGGGUACGAGAAUUUUCAAAGUGAUUGGCUUUAAGAAAAAUGCUUUGAUCGUAAGGCAAAUUCUCUCCACCAGUUCCUUAAGGAAAUCUAAAAAUCGGUCUAGAGAAUUUGUACGAGUAAUCAGGGUCCUGUCUUAACUGCUAUAUGCGGCUGUUGUUUUUUGGUAGUCCCAAGUUUAACUUUCUCCGGGGCACUUGUAAAAAGCGAACUAGUAUGCUUCCCAUAUGUUUGGAUUGACGCUGCCAAGGAUAAGUGUUUAAAAGCAGAGUUAUGACUGUUAGCCAAUUUCUCCUUUAUUUGUUGUGAGAGAUGUAUAUGGGGUAUUAUUGAGAAUGUGAAUAUUCAGUAGUUAAAAAUAAUCAGCUUUUUUUCAUAGGUCAAGGAGAAACAUCAGCCAAUUUUUCCAGCCAAUGACACAGUCAUCACCAGUGUAGUUACAUUUAUAAAGAGUUUAGCCGAUGUUUCUAAUCUAGACUGGAUUGCACGCCAAGUGUUCAAGUCAGAAAAGGUCAAUUUAGCUGAGGUCACAGAAAAACUGAAACAAGCUGUGGAACAUUACUCAAGCCUCCCACAUGAGGAAUCCUCUGCCCCCCAGUCUCCUGGUAUUGCCCCAGGUAAUACAAGAUUAGCUAUCACUAAUGGUGUGAACUAAAGUCAAAAUUUGGGGAUCGGUUAUUUCAACAAAGUCUAGCGUAGGGCCCAGUUUAAGAAAUAAUUUCUUAAACUGGGGCCUACGCUACACUUAUUAUUAUUAGUCCUCCAGAUCCUUUUCUUAGUGGGUUAAUUUAAGAAAAUAAGGGCUUUUUGAGUUGACGCUAUAUGUUUUACUGAAAUUGUUCAUGAUAAAAGCACUGGACAAACUGAAAAUGGCUUAGAACGCGGUUUUGUUAAACACAGGCUAAACUCUGUGUAAAUAACUGGCCCUCAGUGUUACCCACAACACCACAAUAAUAAUAUCCUCUCUCCCCUUUUAUGAGAUGCAGUUCUUUUUUCAAUAUCUGUAUAUCCUAUUUUAGUCUAGAUAAUUAACAAUUAUUCCUCGAGCCCUAAUGGGCUCUGAGUCAAUAGCCCAUGAGGCCGAAGGCUGAAUGGGCUAUUCACUCAUAGGCCAUUUUAGUAAAAUCCAACUAGUUGGUCAAAAAUAUCGAGACAAAACAACUCUAGCUAGCAAAACGGGAUUCAGCUGCCAUUGUUUUGGUUUUCAAAGCCGGCGCUUUUCGCUACUAGUGGGCUAUAACAUAUAGCCUAGUAGUAGCUCAACGAAUCAGAACGCAGCAUUGAUAAUAUAGACCACCAGUUGGAUUUUACUAAUUACAGAUAUACAGUAAUUCCUUUGAAGUAGCCAAUCAUUGAACCUAGGAAGAAUGUAGGGCAAAUCAGGAAAACUGAACCAACCAGAUGGGAAAGAAACUGUUGCGUUCCAUCAAUACCUGUGUAAUAAAAAAAAAUUGUUGUUUGUUUAUUCAUUCAUUUACACUACUGUAAAAUUAAAAUAUCCUCUGCUUGCAAAGAGUGAAGAGGUGGGCAGAGGAGGAUAUCAGGUGCACAUUUACUACAUAUGACAAAAAAAAACAUGAAGCUAAACUAUAAACAGAAAUACAAAAUACAAUGUUAGUUCGACUUGGUCCUUAUUUGAGAAAAUUGCAAUAAUCUGUUUGUACAUAACUUAUUGAUGGUGUUUUUUUAGGUCGAAAACAGAAUGAACAUCAAUAUCAGAAGAUGUGGCAGCAUUUCCAGCAACAUCAGCUGGUACCCAAGCCUGUCGCUCCUCAACAGAAAGACUAUGUAAGUAUUGUGGAAUCUCCAUUAAUGAGUGCCAAGGGACUGGGGAAAUUUGUUCGUUAUAUUCAAGCGUUUGUUAUAUCGAAAACCUCGAUUUAAAGAAUUUUUGGGAAAACAAGCUAAAUGUUCAUUAUAUCGAGGUGUAGUUAAUGAUUAAUUUCCAACGGCGAGCAUUUCCACAUCUCCCUCUGCUUUCCUUGAUAUUUAAAUAAUUAUUACUCCAUUCUUUGGCCAGCUUAGUUUACCCUAACCCUGCCCUCUAUGGCCUCUUUCAUAUACCACUACGUGUUGACGUCUUGUAGUUCUGUGUUUUCCAGCUUUUGUACUUGAAUAACAAUACUAGUUGUAACCAAAGGGUUUGGGAGGGUGGGCAAGUUUCAGUUAUCUCAUCAGAGAUCAAAUCGCUCGGUGCUUUACGUGAUAAGUUUUACGUGAUAGCAGGUCAAAACAUGCAUGAUCAGGUUACAAGUGAUAGAAGGUCCAAAUGCGCAUGAUCAUGUUCUAUGCAUUCCAUUCAUUCUUAUUGAAAGUCCAAACAAUUGUUGGCUACAUACCUGCCAAGCAUGCGCGAUAGCAAUCUGGAAAUGAUUUUCUUACACAGUGUCCUUUCUUGUUGUUUAUCAGUUGUUAAGUUAGCAUGUUUUCUGGUUUGUUUCUAGGUGUCUCAAGAUUCUGCCAGCACGUCCAGCCAGAUACCAAGCGUGACUGCUCUACAGCAAAGCCUGUCGUCACUUCAAGUCCAAGAUGCACAAGAAGGAACAAUAACGCAUACCCUUCCACUUUCACCUCCAGGAGAAUCCCAGACACUACCAGAAACCCCAACACCACUGUUACCCGACACAUCCCAACCUUUGCCAGUGUCGCCUUCUCAAGUCCUCCCCACUCCACCCCCAUCGUCUGAAUCUUCUCCUCUGGUACCCCUCUCCGGGAGAGAAACUGAUCACAUGACCACUGCCGAAGCAACAGGUGGGUGCACACCCAAGUUUAACUUGCGAGGCCUUUCAGUUGUUAUAGACAUAGUCUUGCUGCACUGAAUGUGAUGAUUUUUUUUGUUGUUAUCACAACUGUUUAUCUAUAGUUAACACUGCCUGAAUUCUCAUAUAUUUAUUGUUUGACUGGAAUGGAUUCUUGUGACGAGAAGAAUCUCUGCUAAGCUUAUGUAAUGAUUUGUAACUUAGGGGUUUGAAACCAGAGCUACCCCCCAUCCCCCGAUUUUUUCCCCUCCACAUGUAUUACAAUGGCACUGUUUAAACAUGUAGAUAAGAAUCCAUCUAAGAGAGCAGUCCACUUUAUAGAAUCAAGUUUCUCUUUUACAAACCUUUAUAGAGCAAGGCUGUCACUAAGGGCCAAGGCCUGGUUGCAUGAAAUACCCUUAACAAUUUUAUGACAGGUAGAUGUACAUACACUUGUACAUGCACUCGCUUAAGUGGCCCACUUAGGUUAAUCACUUGAGUGGCUGCACUUAUAAUUUUCACAAUUGUUCACUUAAGUGUCAUUUAUGCAACAGAGAUUGCAGGUGUUGCAUAAAACUUUUUUUACAGGAAAAAUAGUACGUAAAUUUAUGGCGCAUAAAUUUACGGUUUCCUUAAAAAAAUUAAUAGAGUGAGUCAUUAAUGAAGUACUAUAUUUAAGUUACGUGUGCCCUUAAGUACACUGUAGGCCCGUAAGUUACCACAUAAAACAGAAACUUACGAGAGUGCUAAGUGUGUUCCAUGCAACACCCGUUAGUGUACCCAUAACGGAUUCGUUAACUGAGCACUUAAGUGCAGGUUUUAUGCAACCUGGCCCAGGAAUGGGGAUUACCCCUGCCUACUAUGAGCCAACCUUCGGCCACUUUGAGAAGAAACAAAAAGUAAAUUGAACACAAAGAACUUCCUAGUUGUUCAAUUUCCAACCUACUUAUUGCAUAAUUAUACUCAGCAACAUAAUGCCCUGAUGUAGUUAAGUUGCGUUAAAAAGGUUGAAGAAUGGUAGGGAGUACUUCUAGCUGUCCAUUUAAAUGAACUGUCUGUGUUAUAGGUGUUUUUAUUGGGCUGCCUGUGUCAAAGCCCAGUAAAGUUCUGGGCAGCAUGUAUGUCAAGAAAGACAAAAUAAUGGAUGCAUAAACAAGAGGGCAUUGUCUGUCCCCACCCUCUUGCAAUGGGAGAAGUCAAUUAUUACUUUUUGUUAUAUAGACACGAGUGUUUUGCUGGAAAAUAUACCGCUCGUAAAAUUCAUAAAAACUACAUCCGGGACCCGAGUGGUUUAUUUUCCAUAAUCUCACACGUGAGUUUAUCGAUGAAGUAAUUUUGGUAAUUUCCCUCUAUUAUUUUAUCGAUGUCAUUUUGUCUAUAUAAUCGGAGAAGGUGGAUAAUCAUCUUAGUCAUUUUUGGCAUACGUUAUUUGUUGUAACUAAACUUUAAGGCCUUUGAAAGGUGACAAACAGACACAAUUGGGGGAUAAGAGCAUUUGGUAGAUUGUCCUCUCUUAUUUCCAGACUAUUUAAAAGACCACGGCAUUGCGCAGUGGCCAAUGUACUGCAAUUAUGGAGGUCUCGUUUAAGAAAAAGUUGACUGUAUUCUAUCCUGUUUUGUCCUUUUAGAAGCAGACGAGACUGCUUUUAAAGGUGCCAUCCCAGACAUUCCGAAGCGUGUCCUAGACAUAACUGUGUUUCGCCUUCAGUCCGGAAGCAUGACAGAAACUGUUUUUCAAGUCCUUACUAAAGCUGAGAUUAACAUUGACAUGUCGAUAGAAGAUGAGCAUCUCCCAGAACGUCUACCAUCUGCUCUUCUUUACCGUAAAGUUCGGCAACAAGUCUAUGGAAUCCUCUUUGACUUGGCUCCCAAACUGAAGAACGACAGCAAGUUUGAUGUGAGUUCCCUUGCUGUCAAGGAGUGGUGUGUUUACGGAGGCAGACGGCUAAAUGAUCCUGAUGUUGUCGAACCAGUUAAACUCAACUGGGAUGUGCCACCAGUUGAGAAACUUUGGUUCAACAAGGGUUCGGCAGCAGACAAUAACCGGCUAAAGGCGUUCUUGUCGUGCAUGAAUAGUGAUACUCCUAGCAUGACACAAACUGUGAUUGUGCCCAAGAGAUUAGUGAUUCUUUGUUGUAUUCUCAGGUACGUGUAAAUAUUCUUUCUUUUCUUACAGUGUUGGUUGGUGGUGUGCGUGUGUGUGUCUGCAUGAUAGACCCAAAUAUUGAAGCGCUAUUCAAGUCCUUGGGUUAUGGCACGGUUAAUUUUCUUGAAGGAGUUCAGGCCUUCUACUGAUUGCAAAAGAAUGAAAUGUGUAACGUUUGAUAACUCGUAGUACAAUGAUGGUGGCUAUCACUUUUUCCACCAAAAUGAUGCUGGUUCAUUUGUGCGCAGUACUAAAGCCUCGUUUUCAAAUGUCGGGAAAAUCCCAGACGAUCGGGGAUUUCACUUUUUGCCAACCAUCCCAGAUUUCGCCCAUAUCUCAGAUAAUGGCCACAAGUUUGUUCUAGAGGCGCCAUGUUUAUGUGUGAUAGGGGACUGGUGCCCCAAAAAUUAGGAAAUUGGUAAUGAGCGAAAUCCAUCGCAGACGUCCCCGAGAAUACAAAUUUGAGUUUUCAUUUGUCGGGAAUGAUCGCCCCGACCAUCGCAAAAAUCUGGGACCCGUCUGGCGAAUAGAAACGCUCCCGAUCCUCUAGCCUGAGAUCAUGCCCUCUCCCUAUUAUCCCUUUAUGUCUCUCACGGGAAGAGGGCAUGAUACAUUUCUCUGUCGGAUCACAUGUAAAAAUGCCAGAAUCUGGACUUUUUUCUGAUUGGAUAGGAAACAAUGCGGAUGAUUUUUUACGAUUGGCCAAAAUGACGCCAUCCGUUAGUAGUUGUUGAUUUCAGUCUGCAUUUUUGCUUGCGUAAUAAGCAGUGAAUACACACGUCAAAGUUCGUUAUGAAAUUUCUGCCCGCUCAUUUUUUCUUGAAUUUGAAGAAUGCCAAAUAGAAGUUUCAUCCAUUGAAAUAUUUACCAUCUCCAAAGAUACCAAAACAGUUGCAGUCAAAACUUCAGCGAUCAUUUGAAUGCAAUUUGAUAUACAAGUUACAGAGGCGACAAAACGGGUUCACUUUUUCAAAUAAUCAAUUCAUGAAUGGAAUCUUGACCUGGCUUGACUGUAUUUCCUCCUUCAGAAAUCAUGCUGCUAAUUAUUCUGAGCGAUCUUCGCCAUACACAACACCUUUCAGUUAUGGAAAUAUGGUGCUUCAGCCUAAUUUUUUUUCCACUGCUUUUCGGUACAGAACGAAGUCAACGAGCUUUAACCAGUAAAUUCUUUAUUAUUUGUAGCUAUUCAUAAAGGUACGACAGCUCCAGCUAGCAGUAUAUUUCAUCAAAAAAAACAACACAUUUUUUUUUUUUUUUUUUUAAGCGCCAUCUGAACACGGACGUAUUUUUAAAAAUUUUUUUUUUCCUAAAACUGAUUUCAAAAGAGACAUUAUUCGGGCCUAAAAUUUGAUUCCCGUUUGGUAAACGCUUAUUGGCUAAAAACAUGACAGGUCAAGCAAACGUUAGAAAUUGGGGGGCGGUUGACUGCUUGUAAAAUAAAUGUAUCAGGCGUUAUUUUUUUUUCCCUCUCGAGCCAAAGAAGAAAAAAAAAAAAAAAAAAAAAGACACCUGAUCUCAGGUUACCGAUCCUCCAGAUUUGUCCCCGUCCAUCCCAGACAAUCGGGGAUAUCUACAAUUUUGAGUUUUCAUUAGUCGGCAAAAUCUGGGACAGUCUGGAAACAGUAAAAUCCCCAAUCAUCUGGGAUUUUCCCGACAUAUGAAAACCAGGCUUAAGUAGUGACAAAAUCUUGUCCUCAUGUUUGUCCUUGUCUUAAAAAAUGUAAAGGUCUCUAUUAGCAGAAGUGUGACUGAAAAUGCAUAUUAAUUUUUUUUAAGACAGUGGCACCCAGUAGUGACCACAGUCAAAACUCAACAAAAUUUCCAAUUUCCUUUUUUUGAAAUGCUAAGAAACAAAUAGUUCCAUGUGAAAUUGCUACCAAAGAUACUCCAUUUGAAUGGUCACACCAUAGGAUUUCAUCCACAAGCGCAACUGUUAGAACCAUCUUACUAGAUGCCAUCAUUCACUGUGAGAGUGCAAGGGGUAACUUUGGCAACUUCUCUGUACUGUCUUAGGUACCUUACAUCACAUGGACGCUUGGUGUUGACUCCUCGUGAAUUAGAUGCCUUCCUUGCUCAAGCCCUCUCACCUCAAUUAACAACUGAAUGCAAUGCCUCAAACCUUCGAGAAAUCAAACUCCAGCGCGUAGAUGCACGUGCUGUACAACUUGCUUCCAUCUUCAUGAGUGGUGUUCAAGCUGCCAUUUUUGCCAACGAUGCUUGUGCUGUGCCCAUCCCAUGGGAGUUGGUAUGCCCAUGGAACUAUUUUGAUGGUAAACUGUUCCACAGCAAGUACCUUUUGGCUUGUCAGAAUGCAACGCUUGCAGAAUUGUGUGAUGGAAAGGUUAGUUUAUAGCAAUGGAGUUAUAAAUUUUAUAUAACCGUGAUUGUUACUUGAGCUUCCUUUAGAGUGCCAAAUUCUUAGAGCUAACUUUGUCCUUUGGCAUUCAGACUCAAAUGCACCUUCAGGGCUCAAAGUUUAAAUUUGAGUUUGGUAGCACUUGUUCUACCAGAUGUAAAUUUUUAGGCGCGCUGCCAAAAUUUCAGGCACGCAGCUGAAAAUUUUAGGAGCACAGCUUAUUAUUAUAAUGUUGGGAGCAUCUUUUUUAAAAUGAAAAUUAAAAAGUUUAACAGUGCCAUGUUCAAUAAUGCAUAGGUAUUGAAUUUCAAAUGCCAUACAUCUUAUUGUGUCUACUUACACACUGAUUAAAAUUAUUUGUUCAAAUAAGGUUACAUUGUGGCUCUUUAUGACAUUAUGCUAGUAUGGAUACUUAUGAAAGUGGUGCAGAGCAUCAUCUUGACUUCUUCCUUCAUACCCAGUUACUCGCUAGAUCUUCGUCCAUCAUACUUUUAAGAUUGUGAAGGCUUAUUCUUUGUUCUUUUUGUCUUUUCAGAAUGGACGAGUGGAGAAACUCCAGCGUAUGCGAUGGUGUAUCACAGAGGGGCUUCAGUCUGAGUUUAGUCCUGGACCCAGAAUUCCUAAUGCUAGCAUUUUACCACGAUUCCCUGGUCAACAUGGGGAUGGUCUACUCCCUACUCCCAUGUUUCCUUUUGGACCAGUCCCCCCUGCUCUUCAGAGUGUCUCAAUGCCAAAUACUGCAUUUUUCCCUGCUGGAGCUAACAUUCCUCAGAUACAAAAUGCAGGCAUGAAUGCAAGGCGAGGGCGCGGACCAAGUAGCAGACAACCUGUUUCAGGACUCGGGGGUCAGUUAGAAGUGGCCGGUGUUCCCAUUGCAAGGUGGUCGGGUAAUAAGGCUGGGCGUGGCUACAGCGAAAGGGAACGUAUUGUUGUUGGUGGUCCUUCAAGUGUAGAAAUGGGUCGACCUAAAGGUAGGCGAGGUCGUGGUUAUCCCCAAAGAGGAAGACGUGCUGCAAGUGCUGGCACCCGCAACGUCACCUGGGCAGUUGACGUAGAUAAGGAGUAUGACCGAAGCAUUGGUUACGUUGAGCAACCAAUAAAACCCAAGAAGUCGACAAACAUCAGUCAGGUACGAGAAGGUGGUGAUGGUGGAAAUGAUGUUCCGUUGGUAGCUCGAGGACGAGGAGAUGGCGCCAACGAUAUGGAAAACCCUGUAACAGAUAGUCUUGGAGGUGGGGGACCCCUGCAGGGAGGUAUACACCCCCACCCAAUCCCUGGGCAUGUGGCGGUAGUGCCUCAUUCAGCCCCGGUACAUUAUAAUGGUCAGCCAUAUGGUACACCUUCUCCAGAGAUGCCGCAGAUGCCAGUGGAACCCGGCUUGGACAAAGCCCUGGGGAGUCAAGUUCCUAUCAUCCUGGCCAAGCCUGGUGACAUACCGGUACCCACAGGGAUAGUGAGGGGUCGUGGAGUCAGUGUGGCCAUGGGUGGGGAAUUGCCAACAUACAAUGUACCGACCGGAAUUGUUGACACUGGAUCUAAAGGACGUGGCUGGUGGUGGGAAAAACAACAACAACAACAACAGCAGCAGCCGCAGCCGCAGCCACCAUUGUGAACUCUACAGUGAUACGUACAAAUAAUAAUUGUGAUAGAAACAAAAAUGGUUCAUUCAAGGACAAUUCACUUGCUUUCAUUCAGUCUUUUCAAUCCUAAAAGAGUCGUAAUUUCUGAGGUUUGAUUGGCGGUAAGACAGCUUUGACUUGUCACUGUUAAAAAGCACAUUGUAACUAAACCCAGUUCAUGUUUCUCGGUGGGAUGUUUUUGGUAAGGCAGAAAUUCUGUCAUUAUGCUCCAUAAUAAUAAUAAUUAUUAUUGUAGUUAAAAGAUGCAGUUAAGCAUCAUUAUUUUGAAUGUAUAGUAGUAAUGUCAAUUAACAUUAUUGAUAUUAAUUUGCAUUAAGUACUGUUUUGUAAACUUUCAACCCCGCAGUCCUGACAUCGAAACGAAGUCUACUUUUGCCAAAAAAAACCAAUUAUUUUUCGUGGUUGCAUCAAUUCAUGUAUCAUAUUUUGUGCUGUAAACAACUACAUCCAUUGAACAGUAAGCCAAUUAGCAGUAAACUGAAGACAAGUAUCGGGGUUACUCUUGGCCAAUGGGGAUAUGAGGGUAGUAAUUUUGAUGUUUUUGACAUGUGAGAUUGCUGAUGUUUAAGUAUUUUCUUUGUUACUGAAAUAUUCAUGUUUUAGAUAAAUUAAUUCAUUUUUAGGAAAGAACUUCUAGACUGGAUUUCUUUGCUGGUGUUGCAGUCUUUUUGAAACAGAAAUCCAAAGGUGUCCAAUCUUGACAGAUUUGUACUGCCAGUCAAGGGAUCUGCUCUCAGUUUGGAAAUAUAUAUCAAAAGUUCUAGGUUGGAUUUUUUGAUGUUGCAGUAUUUUUGGAAGAGUACUUCAAAGGUCGUCAAUCUUGACACAUUUGUAAUGUCAGUCAAGUAAUCCUCUCUCAGCCAGGAACUACAUGUUAAGAGGUCAUGUUGAUAUCACCUCAGUCAUUUAAAUUUAUCAUGUUCAGAUUAUCGACUGGGUCAUAAUGGAAAAAUCUCUGAUAUGAUGCAGACCAUUUGGGGUAUUGCAAUUUUUGCCAGUGUAGAACUGAAGAUUAUUUAUUUCUAUUUCAUUGUCUCGAUCAUCUUCAUUUUGCCUCAAAGUUGAGGCAAUCAUGAUGAUCUGGUCAUUUUGUGGAACCAGGCCUAUCCACAUAAAGUAUUUUGGCUUAGGAGUGCUUGUGGUAAUGGUUGAGUGUAUAUUAUCAACCAACAAGGUCAAAAUAUGAAUUGAGUUUUGCAAAAGACCUUUCGUUUUCUUGUAUUUGGGGAUUUAAAGAUUUCAGUAACUUUUUCAUUCGCCUUAAAAAUUUCAUCACUUGUGUUGAUUGUGGUUGAUUGUAAGUGCCAAUACUGAAGAACGAUAAAUAAUAAUAUCCUAAGAUGUUGAGGGUUUGAUUUGUAUCUGAUUUAAAAAUAAAUAAAGCUUUAUUUGCUACAGAG